CAGAGAGCGGCGCGGGGUCGCGCCGGGCCGGGCGCUUGGUGCGCGAUCCCGCUCCCGGUGCGCUCCCGGUGCGAUUCCGAUCCCGGUGCGCUCCCGGUGCGCUCCUGGCCCCCUCCUGCCAUGGCAGCACCGCCCGCAGGGUUUGCCAGGUAAAAAUCCCUGCAGUCAUUCUCCAGACUAUUUGGUCAAGCUGCUUCUGUCCACACAUCCUUCAGGACCCUGGACCUAGCUAAACUCGACUUCUGAAACUUCUCAGCAGAACGUGGAUGUCGAGCGUGGGGGCUGAUGCGGAGGAGGCUGCAUGGCAGUGAAGUGGGACUUGUAAAGAAUCUCUCUGCUGUGUCAGUGAAAUCACACCUGUGUGACACCUGUGCAUCCGCUGUGGGUGUUGGUGCUCAGUUCCUGGCUGAGUUGAGCCGCGACGCUGUUGCCUGCUGUUUUGUGCCACAGGGAGGAAGCAGAGUGUAAGGAUCAGGUUUUGUAAAGCUGCUGCGUGUAUUUGUUUUCGCUCAUUUUUUUUUAUAGGUUUUUUGGCAGCCUCUCUUGUGUUCACACAGUGUUUUAUUAGCGUGAGUGUCAACCUUUCACUGUUGGAAUUUGUAAUUCCAGGGGGAUUUAUUUCUGUCUUAAUUUGAAGGAGCACAGAAGGGAAGAACUGCUGCUUUCUAUGGUCACCUAGAUUUAAGCAAAAAUGGCGCAACAUCCGUCGCAUCUGUCUUUUUGCUGCUUUUCCCCUGCAGCCUCUGUGGGCGUUUUUCCAGCAGGAUGUUAGAGUGAGGAGGGCAGAGCUGCAGGGCCAGCCACAGCUGUCUCACGCGUUGUUUGCGGCGCGGGGAGGAGGCGCCGGCGCCAUGGGUGCGGCGGAGCCGUCGGGCUCCUCGGGCAAGCACUACCUGUGCGGGCUGUGCGCGGCCUUCACCAACAUCGUGGUGACGUUCCCCAUCCAGAAGGUUCUGUUCCGGCAGCAGCUGUACGGGCUGCGCACGGGGGACGCCGUGCGCCAGCUGCGCCGCGACGGGCUGCGCACGCUGUACCGCGGCAUCCUGCCCCCGCUCAUGCAGAAAACCACCACGCUGGCGCUCAUGUUCGGCCUCUACGAGGAUUUCUCGGCGCUGCUGCUGAGCCACGCCCGCGCCCCAGAGCUCCUGACGCGCAGCGCGGCCGCCGUGCUGGCCGGCACCACCGAGGCCGUGCUCACGCCCUUCGAGCGUGUCCAGACGCUGCUCCAGGACUACAAACACCACAACAAGUUCACAAACACUUACCAGGCUUUCAAGGUGCUGAAAGCGUACGGGGUGCGGGAGUAUUACCGGGGAUUGGUACCUAUUCUGCUCCGAAAUGGGCCCAGUAACGUGCUCUUCUUCGGCCUGCGGGGGCCCAUCAAGCAGUGUCUGCCUGAAGCCACCUCACACAGCUCUCACCUGGUCAAUGACUUCAUCUGCGGCGGGCUGCUGGGCGCCAUGCUGGGCUUCCUCUUCUUCCCUGUGAAUGUCGUAAAAACUCGCAUGCAAGCUCAGAUCGGUGGCGAAUUUCAGUCCUUCUCCAAAGUGUUAGUGAAGAUCUGGCUGGAACGUGACAGGAAACUGAUCCACCUCUUUAGAGGAGCCCACCUGAACUACCACCGCUCUGUGCUGUCCUGGGGGAUCAUCAAUGCAACCUACGAGUUCCUGCUGAAGCUGCUGUGACCCCGUCCUGCUGCUGGGGUGUCAGCACUCACAGUGUCCUCGGUCCCAGGGAGCAGUGCCUGUGCGCAGGUAAUUCCUCCCAGCCUUUGCUAUUUAUGGGGUGAAUGGUGAUGCAUUAAACCUUGGUGCAAUUAUGAUGAACUUUUAAACUAUUCCUUUGCUGGCAGGUGAGUUUACCCAUAACAGAGCUAAUGUAAAGGAUGUAAAGAAUGAGGUGUAAAAGAGAAAAGAACAAAAGUCUGUAUCACUCCCAAAAUUCCGUUAUGCUCUGUGAUGGGAUGCACUCCACUGCCCAUGUUUAGAACAUGAGAAUCAAGGAGGGGCUGAAGAAAAACAAUUCCAUUGCUUGAUCAUCUUCCAAGUCUUGAUUUUGGAACUGCAUUUUCAGCUGUUUUCUGGUCCUCACUGUGUAAAGCUCGAAGGACAGAUCUUGAAGGGGAUGACUGAAGUGCAGAGCUCCAAGCUGCACCUCAGCCUGCCACAGCCACCGCAGGGUGUGGCCUGUGGUGACCGUGUCCUCCAGCCCUGGCACUGAACGUGUGACCUCAGCCCAGGCUGGUCUGUGUGUGUGUGUGUGUGUUUGUACGUGUGCCUUCCUGUGAAAAGGGACAAGUGGAAGGAAUGGGACAGCAAACUCACUAAAGCUUUAAAGUGUCCUUCCUCGUUAAAAAACAUGGAGCUCAUUCUGCUUUUUGUGAGGAUUUUUUUUUUUUAAUUGCUUUUUUCUGUUGCCUCCAGCUCCAGGAUGAGGGAGGUGUCCCUGUGUGUAAAGCUCACAGGACACUCCAGCUCCUGCAGCUGCUCAAGCACUUCGCACACGGCUUCUCGCACUGCCGCGUCUUGUCUUUUCUCAGUUCCCUCUGCGGAAUUACCAACCAUGAGAUGCUUUUACCCAAAACUCGGGGUUCUGCCUGCUUGGUGUGUACUGUUAACAGUUCUGCAAGACAGAGUGGCACAGGCAAGGUGAGAUUCCUGGGUUACCUGCUUCAGUGGAGGUCUGUAGGUAUAGUGGAGAUAAAAAGCCAAAGAUGACCUUGGAAGCAGAGAGGCAGGAAAGGUGGUGAGGUUAGAGACGUGUUUCAGGACUUCUGUAGGCAAACACUGAAAAGGACUGGCAGAAAUCUGCCUUACAGAGACAUGGGAGUUGAGAGAGAGAAGGGGCAGAUAGAUACAGGGGCAGAAGAGCAAGCACAACCCUGGGCUAGAUGAGGGUCACAACAAAAAGUGUUUCAAUGUCCCUGAGGGCUUCCUCUUUAAUUAAACUAAACAUUCAUAUAUGAACCAAAACACUUUGGAUGAUGGGGAGCAGCAAAGCUUUCAGAAACUGCUUUGAAUUUAGUCUUUUGUUAAGUAUUGGAGGGGCUAUGGCUUUUCUGAAAUCGGAGUUUUCCAUUUCCUAAACCUGUCUUCCAGAUUUGAUCCUAAUCAGUGUGUUGUAAUCAUACAGUCCUGAGCUUCACAGACAGCAAUGGGUGGGCACAAGCACGAGUUCCUGUAUCCCAGUGGUGAUUAUCUGCAUCUAAAUAAAAUGUUUACUGGAUGUUUGUUACUGGCAGAAUCUGAUUUUUACCAGUGUACCUUUUUUUUUUAAUCACUCCUUGAUGGAAUAAAAAAAAUCUGCAUCCUG